AUGACCUGCAAGAUCGCGUUUUUCCGCAUUUGCGGUAUUACCAAGAUUAGGCGAUGUUUAUCCCAUAACACUGCCAAGACAAUUGUUCAUGCUUACUUAACCUCGCGUUUAGAUUACUGCAAUGCCCUGUACUAUGGUCUUCCAAAGCAUCUGAUUGAUAGACUUCAACUUGGGCAGAAUUCAGCAGCUAGCCUUGUUAGCGCGUCGAGAAAGCAUGAUCAUAUUACACCGAUUCUUAGGCGUUUACACUGGCUCCCCGUGCACUAUAGAAGUGUUCUUCAAAUAUUGUUACUGACUUAUAAGGCUCUAAACGGUCAAGCACCUAGCUACAUCUGUUGA